UUCUGGUGUAGGGUUUCUUCUCUUCUCUUUCUUAGAGCGACUGCAAACUGCAAAGGGGAUCUUUGUCUGAAAUCUAAGAGUGACAAAAUUCGAUCGUGUAAUUAUCUGGAAAUGGCUGAUUUCAGUUACUUCUAGUAAUUAUUAUCGUCGAUCUAUAAGAUUUCGUGGAUAAAGUUGGUGUUUCAAUUGAGAAUGUAUACAAAAAUACAUUUGAUUGGUAACUGAGACAUGUUCAUAGAAUUUCAAUGGCUUUCCAAGUUUUAGAUUGAGUUUUAGAGAGGGUUGUUUCAAUUGCAUAUGUGGUGUGAAACAAAUUUAAGGGAAUUAACCAAACACAAGUUCACAGCAUAUUCUUCUGCCAAUACUGCACAGCCAUAAAUCAUGAGUGGAUCCAUGUCAAGAUACGUACGUAUUGGUGAUAACUACAACACUUUAGAUCAGGUGAUAGAAGCUCUUAUUGAAGCUAGUCUAGAGUCUACAAGUAUGAUUGUUGGGAUUGAUUUCACAAAGAGUAAUGAGUGGACAGGUGCUAAAUCAUUUAACAACAAGUCUCUGCAUCACAUCAGUGAAAUUUCAAACCCUUAUGAGGUAGCGGUUACGGUUAUUGGAGGAACUCUUUCAUCUUUGAACAACGAGGAUGAUAAUCUUAUCCCUUGUUUUGGGUUCGGAGAUGCAUCAACGCAUGAUAAGGAUGUAUUUAGUUUUUAUUCGGAUCAAAGAUCGUGUAACGGUAUCGAGGAAGCACUGGAGCGCUAUAGGGAACUUGUUCCCCAUGUUCGCUUAGCUGGGCCAACAUCUUUUGCUCCCAUAAUUGAAACGGCUAUAGAUAUUGUGGAGAAGAGUGGGCGUCGAUAUCAUGUUCUGCUCAUUAUUGCAGAUGGUCAGGUGACAAGAAAUUCAGACACAGAAGUGGGUCAGUUAGGCCAACAGGAACAGGAAACAGUUGACGCGAUUGUUAAAGCAAGUGAAUAUCCAUUAUCAAUUGUUUUAGUUGGUGUUGGUGAUGGUCCCUGGGAUAUUAUGCGUGAAUUUGAUAAUAUUAUUCCACGUCGAACAUUCGAUAAUUUUCAGUUUGUGAAUUUAACAGAAAUCUUGAGGCGAGAUAUAUCUAUAGAGAAAAUGCACUCAGAAAUUGCUCUAGCAGCAUUAAAGAAAAUACCUUCACAGUAUCUUGCAACUUUAGAUCUUCGGAGUUCUGGCCGCACGCACGAGUGGUGGCGGAGUCCACUACCUCCUCCCAGUAAUUUCCAGCAAUCACCUUGUCCCACUGAUCAAAAACCACUUGAUGAUUCUAUCCAUGCUGCUGCUUCUUAUAAUUCUCGCUUGGCAGAAGACAUACAUGAAGAGGUUGCCUGUCCUAUUUGUCUUGAGAAUCCUAGGGAUUUCGUUUUUGGAUGUGGGCAUCGGACAUGCCAAGAAUGCGGAAAGGAAUUAUCACUAUGUCCCAUCUGUCGAACCGAAAUAACUAUCAGGAUCAAACUUCACUCAUGAGCAAUCACUCUCGAUCUGUUUGUAUAUACAUAUUGACACAAUUUGGUGAUUUAUGCACUUCAAUUCCUUAACGAUUAUAUACAUAGACUAUACUAUAAGGAUGAUACUGUGACGGUGCAACAAAAUAUGUCUAUUGUUUUCACAA